AUGGUUAACUGCUCAACAAGAUGGCCCAAAGCUGACCCUAUGGCAGAUACAUCAGCAGCAGCAUGUGCCAGUGCUUUCCUCUCAUUAUGGGUUUCCAGAUUAAGCGUACCUGAUCACAACAACUCCUACAGAGGCACUACCUUCCUUGGCACCCAGUUGCAUCACACAGCCGCCUACCAUUCUGAGUCCAAUGACAUGAUUGAGGGGUUCCAUCACAUCUUGAAAACAGCCCUCAUGUCUUGCUGCAACUCCUUGACCUGGUACUCACAGCUUCCAUGGGUCCUCCUUGGCCUUCAGGCCACAUCUAAAGAGGGUAUUGACCUUUCAGCACCCAAGAUGGUGUAUGGCGAUCCGCUCGUGAUACCUGGUUAUUCUUCCUCAAUAAUAACACCUCAUCCGACAUCAUUAGACUCUGGACCAUCAUUGGAAAAUUGA